GCGCCUCCUCCAGUCUCAUCCACUGCCCGAGCCCCCGCGCCGCACCACCUCCGCCCGCCGCCGCCGCCGAGAUGCUCGCCCGCGUCCUGCUGCUCUGCGCCGCCCUGGCGCUCUGCGCGGCAGCAAAUCCUUGCUGUUCGAACCCAUGCCAAAACCAAGGUGUGUGUAUGAGUGUUGGAUUUGACCAGUAUGAGUGUGACUGUACCCGAACAGGAUUCUACGGUGAAAACUGCUCAACACCUGAAUUUCUGACGAGAAUAAAAUUAUUCCUGAAACCUGCUCCAAAUACAGUGCACUACAUACUUACUCACUUCAAGGGAGUCUGGAACAUUGUCAAUAAUAUUCCGUUCCUGAGAAAUGCAAUCAUGAAAUAUGUGUUGACAUCCAGAUCACAUUUGAUCGAUAGCCCACCAACUUACAACGCGCACUAUGGCUACAAAAGCUGGGAAGCCUUUUCUAACCUCUCCUAUUAUACCAGAGUUCUUCCUCCUGUGGCUGAUGACUGCCCAACCCCCAUGGGUGUGAAAGGGAAAAAAGAGCUUCCUGACUCAGACAUGAUUGUGGAUAAAUUUAUAAUAAGACAGAAGUUUAUUCCGGAUCCCCAGGGCACAAAUUUGAUGUUUGCAUUCUUCGCCCAGCACUUCACCCAUCAGUUCUUCAAGACAGAUCAUAAGCGCGGACCAGCCUUCACUAAAGGACUGGGCCACGGGGUGGACCUAAAUCACAUUUAUGGUGAAACUUUGGAGAGACAGCAUAAGCUGCGCCUUUUCAAGGACGGAAAAAUGAAGUAUCAGAUAAUUGAUGGCGAGGUGUACCCUCCCACGGUCAAAGACACUCAGGCCGAGAUGCUCUACCCGCCUCACGUCCCCGAGCACCUGCGGUUUGCUGUGGGGCAGGAGCUAUUUGGCCUGGUGCCUGGUCUGAUGAUGUACGCCACGAUCUGGCUGCGAGAACACAACAGAGUGUGUGACGUGCUUAAACAGGAGCAUCCGGAAUGGGACGAUGAGCGGUUGUUCCAGACAAGCAGGCUAAUACUGAUAGGAGAAACUAUUAAGAUUGUGAUUGAAGACUACGUACAGCAUCUGAGUGGCUAUCACUUCAAACUGAAGUUUGACCCUGAGCUGCUUUUCAACCAGCAGUUCCAGUACCAAAACCGCAUCUCGGCUGAGUUUAACACGCUCUACCACUGGCAUCCCCUCCUGCCCGACAGCUUUCAAAUUGAUGACCAGGAUUACAACUACCAACAGUUUCUCUACAACAACUCUUUAUUAAUGGAGCACGGGAUUACCCAGUUUGUUGAAUCAUUCAGCAAGCAAAUUGCUGGCAGGGUUGCCGGAGGUCGGAAUCUUCCAGCUGCAGUCCGAUACGUAGCAAAGGCCUCCAUCGACCACAGCAGACAGAUGAAAUACCAGCCUCUUAAUGAGUACCGCAAACGCUUUCGGAUGAAGCCCUAUGAAUCUUUUGAAGAACUUACAGGAGAGAAGGAAAUGGCUGCGGAGCUGGAAGCGCUCUAUGGAGACAUUGAUGCCAUGGAGCUGUAUCCCGCUCUUCUGGUGGAGCAGCCCCGUCCGGACGCCAUCUUUGGUGAGACCAUGGUAGAACUUGGAGCGCCUUUCUCCUUGAAAGGGCUGAUGGGCAAUCCUAUAUGUUCCCCUCACUACUGGAAGCCUAGCACCUUUGGUGGAGAAGUAGGUUUUAAAAUCAUCCACACUGCCUCAAUUCAGUCUCUCAUAUGCAAUAACGUGAAAGGCUGCCCCUCCACUUCGUUCCACGUUCAAGACCCGCAGCCCACCAAAACGGUCACCAUGAACGCCAGCCCCUCCCACUCCAGACUGGAUGAUAUCAAUCCUACUGUACUACUAAAAGGACGUUCAACUGAACUGUAG